ACAGCGCUUCAGCAGUUCCGCUGAAUGUCCGCUUCUGAUACCGAGGAGGGAUUAGUGAGAAACACCCCGGGACGACAUCGUCUCUACAAUUUGUCGGCCAGCGGGUUUCACAGUUGUUCCCCAUACGGAGGAUAGCCUUACUACUUAACACACUUCGACGUUUUAGGUAUGAACUGAGGAUGAAUGUAAACCAGCACACUCCAAUGGCCUCACCAUAUGGCCAGCCUCAGCCAGGCUACGGCCAGCCUGGCUACGCACCCCUGGAUGGGGGAUACCCUGCACCCUACGCACCCUACAAUGGCCCUACUUCAGCUUACCAGCCUGGGGCUCCACCACAAGGUUACUCUCCUUUCACAAGCUUUCCCUCUAAGGCUGUGGCCGCCAACCCAGUCUCUGACCUCUCCUCUCCUCUUGACUUAGGUCCUGUCAGGGGUCCUCCUGUUUCUGGAGCCCCUCCAGUCUCGGCUCCUCAACAGUAUAAUCAGUACAGUCACAGUCAAGGGGAAAUGCAGAAUGGACCCCCUCCUAUGACACAAGCCCCUCCCAGGCCUGCUGUGUCUCAGUCAUACAACCCUGCAGGGAUGAACAUGACAGGGCCCCCUCACCCCUCUUAUCCUCAGCACUAUGGGCCUCCUCCCACAAUGCAGCAGGUCACCAACCAGAUGACUGGGAUGCAGAUCAACUCUGGACCACCGACCCCUGCAGGACCGGGAUAUGCUCCCCCUAACAGCUCUCAGCCUCCUGUUAGCACCGCCUACACUGCUGCACCUCCAACUUCCUACGCCCAGGGCCCUCCCCCUGCAUCCUCUGCCCCCACCCAGCCACCACCUCCCAGUGGUCCUGCAGCUCCUCAGCAAUACUAUGGAGGCCCUUCACCUCCUUCUCAACAGCCAUUCAACUCUUCUCUCCCCCCUACCUCUCAGCAGCAGUUCACUCCAGCACCUCCUCCCUCCCAACAAACCUUCCCUCCCUCCUCCUACUCAGGUCCCAUGCCUCCAGCCAGCCAAGCUCCCGCUCCACCUGUCUCCCAGCCACAGCAGUCCUUCCCACCUCCAGCCCAGCCCACCUUCUCCGCACCUCCUGCCAGCCAGCCCCCGGCCUUCGCCCCUGGCCCGCCUCUCCAAAACCAGGGCUCCUUCCCACCGAGAGGACCACCUCCAUCCUCUCAACCGGGGUCUUUCCCUCCUCCUGGCCCUCCCCCAACUUCCCUUUCAUCUGGCCCAUACCCCGGCCAGAUGCCACCCCAACAGCAUCCCCCUCCUUCCCAGCCAUCUCCCUACCACUCAGGUCCACCUCCUCCCGGCGUUCAGAUGCCUCCAACCUCCAUGGCUCAGAGCAACCACCUGCCUCCAGGACCACCUGGCCCCCCUGGGCCCAUGCAGCAGCCUCCACCUCAGCCAGGGAUGCCUGGAGGAUUCCCCCCUCAGCAGAAUGGUGCAUUCGGGCAGGUGAGAGGUCCCCAGCCCGGCUAUGCAGGCCCGUAUCCCGGGCAACCAAACUACGGAGCCCCUGCACCAGCACCCGCUCCUGCUGCCCCUGCACAGAAAAGACUUGAUCCAGAUGCCAUCCCUAGCCCGAUCCAGGUAAUAGAGGACGACAGGGCUAAGAGCACGGAGCCAUUCACAACAGGGGUCAGAGGUCAGGCCCCACCGCUGGUCACCACCAACUUCCAGGUCAAAGACCAAGGGAAUGCCAGUCCCAGGUUUAUACGCUGUACGGCCUAUAACAUACCUUGCACAGCCGACAUGGCCAAGCAGUCUCAGGUGCCGCUGGCUGCUGUCAUCAAGCCCCUCGCCACGCUGCCGCCAGACGAGAUCCCCCCGUACUUGGUGGACCACGGCGAGAGUGGUCCGAUCCGCUGCAACAGGUGCAAGGCGUACAUGUGUCCCUACAUGCAGUUCAUCGAGGGAGGUCGCCGAUUCCAGUGUGGCUUUUGCAGCUGCGUCACAGAGGUGCCUCCACAUUACUUCCAGCAUCUGGACCACACCGGGAAGAGGAUGGACUGUUACGACAGGCCGGAGCUUUCGCUGGGCAGCUAUGAGUUGGCGACUGUCGACUACUGUAAGAAUAACAAGCUCCCUCAGCCUCCAGCCUUCAUCUUCCUCAUCGACGUGUCCUACAACGCUGUGAAGAGCGGGAUGGUCAACAUCGUGUGCGAGGAACUCAAGACCCUUCUCGACUACCUGCCGAGGGAAAACCCAGAAAUGGACUCUGUGGUGCGUGUUGGUUUCGUCACCUACAACAAGGUGAUGCAUUUCUACAACGUGAAGUCGAGCUUGGCCCAGCCUCAGAUGUUGGUGGUCUCAGACGUGUCAGACAUGUUCGUACCGCUGCUCGACGGCUUCCUGGUCAACGUGAAUGAGAGCCGGCAAGUUAUCGAGAGUUUGCUGGACCAGAUUCCAGAGAUGUUUGCAGACACCAGGGAGACAGAGACGGUCUUUGGACCUGUCAUCCAGGCGGGACUCGAAGCACUCAAGGCUGCAGACUGCGCAGGAAAGCUCUUUGUGUUUCACACGUCUCUGCCCAUCGCAGAAGCUCCCGGAAAACUAAAGAACAGAGAAGAUAAGAAGCUGAUUGGGACAGAUAAAGAGAAGUCUCUGUUUCAGCCCCAAGUGGGUUUCUACAACACUCUGGCUAAGGAGUGUGUAGCUCAAGGCUGCUGUGUGGAUCUCUUCCUCUUCCCCAACGGGUAUGUUGACGUUGCUACGUUAGGGGUGGUUCCUGUCUCCACCGGAGGCUCUGUCUACAAAUACACAUACUUCCAGGCUCAGUCGGACAGGGAGCGAUUCCUGAACGACCUCAGACGAGAUGUUCAGAAACUCGUUGGCUUUGACGCCGUCAUGAGGGUGCGGACAAGCACAGGUGUCCGAGCGACAGACUUCUUCGGCUCCUUCUUCAUGAGUAACACCACAGAUGUGGAGCUGGCGGGCCUGGACUGUGACAAGGCCAUCACUGUGGAGCUCAAACACGACGACAAGCUCAGCGAGGAGACGGGGGCUCUCAUGCAGUGCGCCGUGCUGUACACCAGCUGCAGCGGCCAGAGGCGUCUCCGCGUCCACAACAUGGCGGUCAACUGCUGCUCUCAGCUGGCUGACCUCUACCGCAACUGUGAGACCGACACAAUCAUCAACUUCUUCUCUAAAUAUGCCUUCCGUGGCAUCCUGAACAGCCCCACCAAGGCGGUGAGAGACACUCUGAUCAACCAGUGUGCUCAGAUUCUGGCCUGCUACAGAAAGAACUGCGCAAGCCCCUCGUCAGCUGGUCAGCUGAUCCUCCCAGAGUGCAUGAAGCUGCUGCCCGUUUAUCUGAACUGUGUGCUGAAGGGCGACGUGCUGCUGCCGGGCGCCGACGUCUCGCUGGACGACCGGGCGUACCUGAGGCAGCUCAUCAGCUGCAUGGACGUCUCAGAGAGCCACGUCUUCUUCUAUCCUCGCCUGCUGCCACUGACGAAGUUGGAAAGCGACUCGUUGCCGGUUGCGGUGCGAGACUCGGAGGAGCGGCUGUCUAAAGGCGGAGUUUACCUUCUGGAGACAGGACUCCACCUCUUCCUGUGGGUGGGCGCCAGCGUUCAGCAGGAGCUGCUGCUCAACAUCUUCGGCACGCCGAGCUUCAGCCAGAUAGAUCCGAGCAUGACGAGCCUGCCAGUGCUGGACAACCCGUUCUCCCAGAGACUCCGAGAGAUCAUCGACUCCUUCCGAGCUGAACGAUCACGAUACAUGAAGCUGAUGGUGGUGAAACAGGAAGACAAAACCGAGCUGAUAUUCAGACACUUCCUGGUCGAGGACAAGAGCGCCAGCGGGGGAGCGUCAUACGUGGACUUCUUGUGUCACAUGCACAAGGAGAUCCGCCAGCUUCUCAGCUAGGCCGACAGAGUCCAAACCUUCACCUUAAUGACAUCCCCCCCACCCCGCCCACUCCCACCCAAACAAACCCGCCUCACCAAGUUCACCUUCCCUGUGAGAGAAAGCGCUUUAUCUUUUUUUUUUUUUUUUUUUAACCUAAUAUGCUAAAGCUCUCCUCCCGUCUUUCAGCUGAGCAUCAGAGGCCAGCUGGCAGAUUCCAUCGUGUUUGUGUGAAUGUGUGUGUGAGAGAUGGAGAGUCUGAUGAUAAUAGAGCUUUACUCUGCCUCAAUCUACUGCUCCAACACAGCAGGAGCGAAAUAACUGACGAGGAAGGGUAAUGUAUAUACACAAGUGAACAAUAAUGUAUGCAACAGACUGAGUGAUUGACGGGGACGGCUGGUGUUGACUGUAGUCGGUGUACUGUCUGUAUUACGAGCACUGAAAGGCUUUUCUGGGCGCAUAAACGACCCUCAGAUAGCAAACACUUUUUAUAUGAUUGAAUCCCAAUAGAGUGAAGGACACCUGCAUACCGAGACAUACAUGGAAUUAAAUAAAUGCUGUUAUUUUCUGUCUAUUUUCUCCUUUUUAAUCAUGGCCUUAGUACCCCCUCCCCACGCUGCUCCAAUCAUCCAUAAAAGUGUGUGUAUGUAUGUGUGUGUGUUUACAAACGGGAGAGGAUAAGUCACUCAGUCCUUAUUUACCAGUGUGUCUCCAGGUGUGAGCAUACAUUUGGAUGCUCACACCUGGGUCUGAUGACUUUUCACCUGCAGGAAGCAUCAAAGAAGUGUCGUGAAAUGUAUGAAAUGUGGUUUUAUCACCCACAAAUAAACAGAAAAAGUGAAGGUUUCACGAUCAUGACAGUGAUUGAUGUGAUCCGUAUUUGUUUAAAAACAG